UUUCUGAAACCAUGAAAACGAUAAGGAAGUUUACAUCCCCAGAACGUCUGGUAAACCGUACUGGGAUAAAAUCAACAAAAAAGAAGCGCAUUUGGUUUGUUUUAUUAUUAGUAUCUCAGUUUAUAACACAUGUAUUUUAUGUAUAUCUGUAGCCUAUAAACGUUUGCUGUGUAGCUUUGCAUCUCUAAGUUUUAAAGUUAGCUCGACGGCUAAUGCUCGGCGUGUGUGAAAAUGUUCAAAGUAAAAAUACUCUUCGUCGGUCCUACUGAGAGUGGGAAAACUGUUCUUGCAAAUUUCCUCUUUGACACGACAGGAAACACGGGCGGCGAGUAUCGACCCACCAAAGGAGUCAGGAUACUGGAGUUUGAGUCAAAGCUUGAGGGCAGUGGUGACAAAACAUGUGAGGUUGAGCUCUGGGACUGUUCAGGAAAUUUCAAGUUUGAAUCCUGCUGGCCUGCGCUGAUGAAGGACUGCAAUGGUGUGGUUAUCAUUUUUAACCCCGACGUUCCAAGCCACCUCAAAGAAAUCGAGACUUGGUCCUCCAUGUUCAUUUCCACACAGAGUUUGCAGGACAAGCAACUUCUACUCAUAGCUCACCACAAGCCUGGCAGCGACACAGAAGAGAAGAGGCUGUCUUUAGCGCCAAAUCUGAGCAGACUGCAGCUUAUUCACUCCAACCUGGAAGAGGAGCCAGAGGAUGUGAGGCACGCUUUCUUUAGAUACUUGGGAAACGUCGUCACUGCAAUGUCAGAGAGUCGAGAGCUAGAGGAGAUGUCCAUUAUUACAUAGCAGCAAAAUCUGGAAAAAAAAACUAUUUUACUGAGAACACAUUUCAUUGGCUUAUGCUACAUAUCAUAUUAUUUUUCCAUUAAUCAUUUGAAUGUGAGAAGUGCAAAGGGAGGAAAAAAGUUCAUGAUUUUCAGACAUCGUAUCCAACUAUGCCUCCUUUGCCAAUGAAGAACCACAUCAGCACUUCAGUGGUCACUAGUCCAUUCUUUAAGGCGUCCUGCAAAAGAAACAAACAAGAGAAAAAAAAGAUGCACAAGAACUGCUUCAGACCAAGUUCAGAGUUCAAAGAUUUUUCAGCAGGGUUUCUUUAUAUUGUUCACACUGCCUGAGAUGCUUCUGUUUCAGCAAGAGAUUAAAAUUUCAGUGCUAGGAUUCUGACAACGGGACAUUUGUUUUAUGAGUUUGGUCUUUGUUCUAACAUAAAAUAAAAAAAACGUUUCUUUAAUUUUA